GGAGACGCCAGGCCGCCCCUGACAACAGAGCCGCCCCUAUCUACCGUUAGCAGCAAGUCGGCAACUGUUAAAGAGCACAGCCCUUUGUUUUAGUUGUAGCCGUCCUCUCAGCCUCUCCUGGCUCCCAUUGAACAACUCCAGCAGUGUAUCCUUCACCAUGGCGGCGAGCGCUAAACGAAAACAGGAGGAGAAACAUCUGAAGAUGCUGAGAGAAAUGACGAGUUUGCCUCCCAAUAGAAAGUGCUUUGACUGCGACCAGCGCGGCCCAACCUAUGCCAACAUGACUGUGGGUUCUUUCGUGUGCACCUCCUGCUCUGGCAUCUUACGGGGACUGAAUCCACCCCAUAGAGUUAAGUCUAUCUCCAUGACGACAUUCACACAACAGGAAAUCGAGUCCUUACAGAAACAUGGCAAUGAGGUAUGUAAACAGAUCUGGCUUGGUCUCUAUGAUGACAGAACUUCAUCCAUACCAGACUUCAGAGAACCACAGAAAGUCAAGGAAUUCCUUCAAGAGAAAUAUGAAAAGAAGAGAUGGUAUGUACCUCCUGAGCAAGCCAAGGUUGUGGCAUCCGUCCAUGCUUCCAUUUCUGGUUCCUCAAACAGCAGCACCAACAGCACCCCAGAGGUCAGACCGCUUAAAUCACUGCUCGGGGAGUCAGCUCCAGCUCUGCACCUGACUAAGAAUACCCCACCAAAUCAGUCUCCAGUGGUGAGCCGUGGACAGGCCCAUCAACAGCAGCUCCAUGAAAAGAAAUUUGACCUCUUGAGUGAUUUGGGUGGAGAUAUCUUUGCAGCACCAGCCAACGUGAACACAGCCGUCAGCUCCAGCUUUGCUAACUUCGCACAUUUCAACAGCCACACAACAGCACCGAAUGCCAGUGCAGGUGCAGGAUUUGCUAAUUUUGAUGCGUUUGGAAGCAGCUCUACACCCCAGGCCUCUUUCCAGCCUCCAAAUACAGCGUUCACUGUGCUCUCAUCCAGCCGCAGUGUGGGUGAGUUUACCGCUGCUCUGCCUCUCCAGAGUUUGCACAGUAGUGCCUCAGGGGGACUAGCAAAUGCCAAUUUUGCAAAUUUUGACAACUUCCCCAAAUCGUGUAGUGCUGACUUUGGAUCCUUCAGUUCCUCCUCCCAGAGUAACUCCACAGGAGCUGCCAAAGACGUUGUACAGAGUACUAACGUUCCCAUCGAUAGAUACGCAGCCCUGGCUGACCUGGACGUGUUUAGCUCUGCCAAAACAGAGCAAGGGAGUGGUAUUUCUGGAGGCGUAAGCUCUGCCGCUGCAGCAGCUGCAGGAGUUGCUGGUUUGCCUCAGAAGCAGCCAGCGGGUGUCGCUCGAGGGGACCGUUAUGCUGCUCUUGCAGAGCUUGAUACCGUCUUCAGUUCCACAGCUCCAGCCACCAGUGUUUACAACACCUCCAGUACUUCCCAAGGUGGUGUGUUUGGGUCCGAGACGGUGGCUUCAGCACAAGCACAACAGGCCAUGCCUGGCAUGCCUCAGGCUUUUGGAGCAGCACCAUCAACCAAUCCGUUUGUAGCUGCUGGUGUCGCCCCCGCAGCAGCUCCCACCAAUCCAUUCCAAUGCAACGGCAGAGCAGCAAACGUGGCAGCUGCAGCAGGCUUGAGGGUCCUUCAUUGGCAGGACUAUGCCCCUACAUUUGCUCCCUUUGGCACAGGCUCAAUGAGUAUGCCGGCAGGAUUUGGAAACUCUGCCGCCUUCAAUCUCCCUACUAGCUUCAGUGGAACAUUCCAGCAGCCCUUUCCUGGCCAGCCCCCCUUCACUCAGCCUCCUGCGUUUCCUCAACAACCCAAUGGUGGAGGUUUCCCAGCAUUUGGCCAGACCAAGCCUGUUGUGACUCCUUUUGGACAGCCAAUGGCAGCCCCCAUGGUCCCUAGCAACCCUUUUCUGGGUGGAGCUCCGCCCCCUCAGUAUCCUGCUGGAGGCUCGACUAACCCCUUCUUAUAGCGAUCCACCUCCUCUGCUGCACCACAGGGUCAACAACCAGAACGCUUGCACUUAUUGCACUGUUAUGUUCAACCAGUAGCUUUAAAAACACAAUGUUAGUAAGAAUCUGUAUUUUCUAUUGCAGUUUGUCACAAAUGAAACAAUGUGCAAGACGGACAUGCUGACACUGUCUGUGGCCACAACAAAAAGAGAGGAUGUGUGCCGAGGGAGAGGUUGAUCCUCUGCCCUCUGUUAAACCUGUGAACCGGCCUGAGCCACAAUGUAUAAUCAAACUGGCUGAAAACUAAGUUAUUGCAUACAGUAUAUCAUUCAUCAUGCUGCAUUUCUGUACAUUUGUUUUGUUUUAGGACUUUAGCUCUCUGUGCAUAUCAGUAUUUGUAAAACAAGAUUUGUUAAGACAGGGCUGUUGCUUGGGUACUGCCAGUUUCUGUAUUUGUAAAGAUCUAAACUGUUUGUGCUGAAUCUUUUUUUUUGGGGGGGGUAAAUUCUUCUUACUAUGGAAAAUGUUCAGUUAUUGAAAACUGAAAGCAAGUGAAUGCUGUAUCAGAACGGUGAGGUGCUGUUCUGCCCGUUUUCCUCCUCGCUGAAAGAGACGCUGGUCCCAACAUUUCUGAGUGAUGGCAUCCCACACAUCCAUGUGGGGAAGUAGAAUGACUGGACUGAAAAACCACUUUUAUGGGAUGUUAAAGAAUUUUAAGUUAAUGUGUAAAUAUAUACAGAAUAUAUAUUAAAAUGAUUUUAAAUAAAA